AACCCUCUGGUUGCAAGCAAUAACAGACUCAGAUUUUCAGACAUGCAAUUUCAUAAAUAUAGCUAUAAGAUUCUAUGAUGGAAAUAGAAAAUAUUUUAUUUGUUCAACUUUGAGAAUGUAAACCAAAACAGGGUUAAACAUUAAAGAUGUGUAAAAAAAUUGCUAAAAUAUAAAAUCAAAAUUUACUAUCAGUUCAAACUCAUAUUAAUCAAAAUGGUGAACAUGUUAGUAAACCGCAAGACCAGUUUCAAGGAAAACUACCCAGUGGCAGAUUAUGGUCCAGACGAGAACUUGAAUGAUAAUGCAGACAUCGACUGGGUCAAUAGAGCGUUUGUCAGGAGAUUGCUCCGGUUAUGUGCCUUUGUUAGCAUUCUCUCUGUUAGCAUGAAUACCCCAAAAACAUUUGAAGAAAAUAAAGGCUUGGAAUAUUUGACCUUCAUUUUUGACCUGAUUGUUACCUUCCUCUUUACUGCAGAGAUGAUUGCCAAAAUGCAUAUUAGAGGUAUUUAUAAGGGUGAGAAUGCUUACUUAAAAGAUAGAUGGUGCCAGUUUGAUGGGUUUAUGGUAUUGUUUUUGUGGGUGUCUGUAAUCCUACAGGUGUUUGAGAUGACAGACAUAGUACAACAAGAAUGGUAUCUUUCUGUUUUGAGAUGUCCAAGGCCACUUAUACUCAUCAGAGUCUUCCGAGUAUUUCUGAAAUUCCAACUGCCAAAAGCUAGGAUAAAUUCAAUUUUCAAACGUUCCGGUCGACAGGUUUAUAAUGUCUCCAUAUUUUUCCUGUUCUUUAUGUCAUUGUAUGGUAUUCUUGGUGUACAGUUCUUUGGUGAGCUGAGACAUCACUGUGUGAAGAAUCAUGUCAACAGUACAAGUGAUUUAACAAUUCUUGAUCUAGCCAUACCUGAUGCUUUCUGUUCUCCUGUACCUGAAUAUGGCUAUCAAUGUCCUGAAGGGAUGAAAUGUAUGGCACUUGAACUGGCAAAGUCAAAGAGAGGAUUUGAUGGAUUUGAUGAGUUUUUAACUAGUUUUUUUACUGUAUACGAGGCAGGAUCUCAGGAAGGCUGGGUAUUUAUGAUGUACGAUGCUUUAGACAGUUUACCAUCAGCACUAGCCUAUCUCUACUUCAUAUCCUUGAUAUUUCUGAUGGCUUGGCUUGUAAAGAACAUAUUUAUAGCUGUUAUAAUUGAAUCAGUAGCAGAGAUUAGGGUACAGUUUCAACAUAUGUGGGGUCCAAGAGGGAGUGCAGCAGACUCAGAUUCCUCUCAGGUGAUUAGCUCUGAAGGUAAUGUGUGGAGGAUGGUACUUAUAGAUGAGAACAAAGCUAAAGGCCUGGCUCCACCUUUCUUCCAGAAGAUACUGUGCUCCAAUGCUUUCCAUACUUUUAUUCUAUGUCUAGUGUUAGCCAGUAGUAUCACAGGAGCUAAUCUCUCAUUUGAUUACAAAACUAAAUUUAAUGAUGGGAAACCAGAUGGAUUCUAUUAUGCUGAGGUUGUGUUCACCUUACUGUUUGACUUAGAAGCUAUAUUCAAGAUUUGGUGUUUAGGACUGUAUGGGUAUCUGAGAAGAUCAUUACAUAAAUUUGAGCUGUUGUUAGCAAUUGGAACUACUCUUCAUAUUAUCCCUAAAUUAUACAGGACACAACUCACAUAUUUCCAGGUGCUCAGAGUAGUAAGAUUGGUGAAAGCUUCUCCAAUGCUAGAAGACUUUUGUUUCAAGAUAUUUGGUCCAGGGAAGAAACUUGGAAGUUUAAUCAUGCUGACCAUUAGUUUGUUGAUCAUAGCCUCCAGCAUUAGUCUGCAGUUAUUUUGUAAUAUCCCAGACUUUGAGAAGUUUUCAACUUUUCCACAUUCUUUUAUGUCCAUGUUUCAAAUUCUGACCCAGGAGGGUUGGGUAGAGGUGAUGGACGGUGUUCUAGAGAAGUCACAUGGUUCAUGGUUAUUGACACUUGUAGUAUCUAUAUACUUUACUUUUUACCAUCUGUUUGUCACAUUGAUUGUAAUAAGUUCAUUUGUUGCUGUGAUUUUGGAUAAUCUUGAGUUGGAGGAAGACCUGAAAAAACUGAAGCAGGUAAAAGCUAGAGAACAGAGUGCAGAAACACAAGAGCAGUUACCAUUAAGACUAAGAAUAUUCACAAAGUUUCCAAAUCAUCCUCAGAUGGUUUACCUAUACAAGAUUCCAUCUGAGUUUGAUAUUUCUGAUGUGAGAGAAAGUUUUAUGAGACAACACAUAGAACCAGAGGUCAGACUGGCACUUGAUAUUCAGGAACAUGACCAUGAUGUCAUACCUUAUGUUAAAAAAUCUCCUGUCAGACUGGUGAAACAUGGAAGUCACUCAGUGAAAAGUGGAGGGCUAUUAGAAAAGAGGAGUGGCAUAACAUCUAUUGUUAGGGAUUCUGCUCAGCAGAAAAUGCAAGUUUGUGGAUCAACCCAACUAGUUGCCACUGGUUCCAAAUCUUUGUUUUCACACCAGUACCAGUUACGAAUGGAUAGAAGGAGUAUGAGAGGAUCAAGACCUGGAAGUCUUAAAACAAAAUCUGGAAAUGCUAUCAAAGAGAAUGGAGACAUUCAACAGCUUGGUAUGACAACUGUGGGUAACCGCUUCAGAAACGAUGAAUUUGAUAUAAAAGUCUGGCAACAAAAGAAACAACAAGCAGAAAUUAAAAGAAACCAACAGGAAGAAGACUUGAGAGAAAAUCAUCCAUUUUUUGAUACCCCUCUGUUUGCUGUAGGAAGAGAGUCUAAGUUUAGAAAGUUUUGUAAGGCUGUGGUCAAUGCAAAGUAUAAUUACAUGGACAAGGAACCUGGGUCAGGCAAAGAUCUGGCUAGAAAAUACAGAAGUUUGGAGAAAUUAUUAGGCUUGGUGACUUAUCUUGAUUGGGUGAUGAUUUUUGUGACAAUCAUGUCCUGUAUUUCUAUGUUGUUUGAAACACCACUUAGUAGAGUAAUGGAUAAUGCCAAUUUACAGGUUGCAGAGUAUUUGUUUGUUAUUUUUAUGAGUAUUGAAAUGGGACUAAAAGUGAUGGCUCAUGGACUGUUUUUUACACCUAAAGCAAUGCUGAAAGAUUUCAGUGGGAUUUUAGAUUUAUUCAUAUACUUUGUCAGUUUGAUAUUUUUAUGUUGGAUGCCAAAGAAUGUACCAGUACAGAUAGAAGGGGCCAGAUUAUUUAUGAUACUGAGAUGUGCAAGGCCUCUUAGGAUAUUUGCCUUGGUUCCUCACAUGCGUCAAGUAGUAUUUGAACUUGUAAGAGGAUUCAAAGAAAUUUUACUGGUAUCAGUAUUACUGAUUGUAUUGAUGUUUGUGUUUGCCACAUUUGGAGUACAUUUGUUAGGAGGAAAAUUAGCAAGGUGCAAUGAUCCAGACAUUAAAAGACAGGAAGACUGUCAUGGCAUAUUUCUACAGAAAGUAUUUGUCACGAGAAUGAAAGUUCCUGAUGGACCAAAUCAUAUGCAACCAGCUUUUUAUGUGCCAAGAGUAUGGACAAAUCCACAUAAUUUUGACUUUGACAACAUUGGGAAUGCUAUGUUAGCAUUAUUUGAAGUUUUGUCCUUGGAAGGAUGGCUAGAGGUCAGAGAUGUUAUCAUUGAAAGAGUUGAUGCUGUACAUGCUAUAUAUGUGCAUUUGUUUGUAUUCAUUGGUUACAUGAUAGGACUUACAUUAUUUGUUGGUGUGGUGAUUGCUAACUAUAGUGAAAACAAAGGAACAGCUUUACUGACUGUAGACCAGAGAAGAUGGCUAGAUUUAAAAGGAAGAAUAAAAUUAGCCCAGCCAUUACAUAUACCUCCAAGACCAGAUGGAAAUGGCUUCAGAGCAAAAAUGUACGAUAUUACACAGCACCUGAUGUUCAAGAGAGGAACUGUCGCAUGUAUCCUCUUAAACUGUGGAACUUUAGCUUUUCCUUGGAGAUGUGGUGAAAAAUCCGAUACAACAUUAAUAUUGGCUAGUUUAGCAUCACUGUUUACACUCAUGUUCUUUUGCGAGGUUAUUAUGAAGAUUAUAGCACUUACACCUAGAGGUUAUUGGACGAGUCGUAGAAAUAGAUUUGACAUGUUUGUCACUUUUCUGGGUGUUAUUUGGAUGAUUUUACAUUUUAUAAGAACAAAUGAUGAAAAAAUCAAUCAGUUUGGUUUCACUGUCAUAGUUCUUAGAUUCUUCACAAUCACUGGCAAACAUGCUACUUUGAAGAUGUUGAUGCAGACUGUUCUCAUGUCAGUAUUUAAAAGUUUCUUUAUUAUCAUGGGUAUGUUUUUACUCAUGCUGUUUUAUGCCUACACUGGAGUUAUUCUUUUUGGAACUGUGAAAUAUGGCUACAACUUAGAUAGACAUGCCAAUUUUCAGACAGCCUCUCGUGCUAUAGCUCUGUUGUUCCGUAUAGUGACUGGUGAAGACUGGAACAAAAUCAUGCAUGACUGUACUGUACAACCUCCAUUUUGUACAAUGGCUAUGAACUAUUGGGAAUCAGAUUGUGGAAACAAGUCAGCCUCACUUAUUUACUUCUGUUCAUUCUAUGUUAUCAUUACAUAUAUUGUUCUCAAUCUGUUAGUGGCUAUCAUUAUGGAGAAUUUCUCCUUAUUUUACUCUAAUGAAGAGGAUGCCUUGCUCAGUUACAAUGACAUCAGACAUUUCCAGAAUACUUGGAACUUAGUGGAUGUCAACAGGAAGGGAGUUAUACCAACCAGGAGAGUAAAAUUCCUAGUACGACUGUUGAAGGGAAGAUUAGAAGUAGAUUUAGAUAAAGACAGACUACUGUUUAAACACAUGUGUUUUGAGCUGGAGAGACUACAUAACAAUUUAGAUGUUACUUUCCAUGAUGUACUCAAUAUGCUAUCCUAUAGAUCUGUAGAUAUAUGUAAGAGUUUACAGUUAGAAGAACUACUGAGUCGACAGGAGCUAGAGUAUACCAUAGAGGAAGAAGUAGCCAAACAGACAAUCAGAAACUGGUUAGAUAAAUGUCUGAAGAGAAUUAGAGCUAAGGAGCAUUCAAAUAUCAUAUCAAAUUUAAGAGCAACAAAUGAUUUACUAUUUACUGUAAGUGAACUGCCAUCUAAUUCUACUGAAAACAUUGAGGAAAACAAAAUAGACGGUCCUGAUGUGAGGAGAAGAAAGAAGGGAACUGUUGAGAUGCAUCCCCCCAAUAUACUAGUACAACCAUCAUCACCAUUGCUACAGGGAGCAUCAGUUAGAAAGUAUUUGUCACCAACAUUAAGUGAUAGUGCUUGUCAAAAGAAGAGGACUACAAGGCUAUCUAGUGGUAGUAGAAGUAUAAGUUUAAGUCAGGUAGCAGAGAGUAAUUCAGAAGUACUGACAUCACCUGUCCAUGAUCGAUCUUCAGAGAGUGUUCUGAUUGGAGAGAAUGUCUCUGAUAAUGUCCAAUCCUGGUGGAAUGUUCAGAUGCAGAGUCAGGGCCCUGAACAAGAUAGUGAAUGACAUAACUAACUUAUCAAGCGAAUAGUUCUGAUGGCGUCUAGUCAAAUCAUUAUCUGCCUGUUAUUCUCAAAGAAGUAGAAAAAUCAAAAACAUGUUAUAUUGAGAUGGUUAAAGAAAAGAAAUUUAUUUGUUAGGAAGGGGGAUUGUUAGAAGGCAUUAAUGAGCAUGAGGAAUGAAACCUGAAUGAUGUGUGGUGGAAGGGACUUUAAGUGACUUUUUAAAAAGCUUAUACAAAAAAUUCUUAUUAUGGUAGAUUGUGGGUGUAUGAAAGUAGAAUCUCCCCACUUUUGAUAUCUUUAUCUGACAUAGACCUCUAGGAGAAUUUGCAAGCAUAGCAACUUAUUGAUUUACUUGAUGUGAAAAAUAUUUUAAGAACGUGAAAUGUGAUUUAUAAGACAGAAUAAAGGGUGAGAUAUGAUUUGAAAUAUUUUUUUGGUUUUUGAUAUGUGACAAGCCAAACAUGGUAAUUUCAAAAGCAAUGAACUAAAAGCUAAAAGUAUGAAAAUAAAAUCAAUAUUUCUAGAAUAUUCAAAUGUUGUCUUCAAUCUGUAGUUAAAUAAUGAAAUUGGGGUAUGUAAAUAUAGGAUAUUUUUACUCUUUACAUAAAAUAUCCAUCAAACAUCUAUACUGCUGGCUUUAUCUGUGAUGGUGACGAUACACACUUAGUUUUAUUUUCAUACAUUGUCUUUGUAUUUAUCAUGUACACAAAGUUAGUGAUUAUUACACAGAUAUUUAGUUCAAAAUGAUGAAGUGUUUUUUUAAUGUAUAACCAUUUAUAUGUAUCAUGGUUGUGUCAUGAUCUCAUUGCUUUGUAAGAAAUCUAUGAAUCAUUUGUGAAACCAAGUGCAAUAAAAUGUUGUUAAUUGUU